CCUUGGAUUGGAUCUGUCGGCAGCUCGCGGCGCCGCAGAGACACCGUAGUACACGACGGCACAUGCAGAGUCAGACUUCGAGGUGGGGCUGUACCUCGACACCAUCUGGAUGCCCGCUCCCACCCUCGGCAUCUCUUCCUUCCAUGUCGCCACCAAGCCCAGCUUCCAUAGGUACGUCUCUCGUCCUCCAGGAUCUUGUUCCCCUCGGCUCCCCUGUGGGGGUGUGGUUCGACUGGGCACCUAAUAGGGUUCUUGGAGAGCGGCCGGUCCAUGGCACAGCGGGGCGAGCUAGGGCGGCAGCUCCCGCUGAGAGGCCCCCUCAAAGCCCUAGAGGCAGACAUCCACCACGCUAACGCCAUGGCAGAUGCUAUUCAGAGGAAUUAUGGUGGAUCAUGUGUGCAGAUGAGGCUGUCGUUCAGCUCUCUAGCUCCAUUGUUCUUGUACUUCAUCCAAUGGUUGGACUGCGGCUGCUGUUAUGCCCUUCCCAGCUAUUUAGGACUAUUUCACAUUCUCAUAUGCAAGGUUUAUGCUGAUGGAGAUAGCUCAGUGUCGACAUAUGAAAGGCGGGCAAGCCUUAGGGAAUUCUAUGGGGACUGGUUUGUGUGAUUGAAGCAAGUGCAUCUUGAAUCUCAAGAAGGUGAACUGCAGAGGGCGGAUGUUGUUGUCCAUCUCAAAAGGGGUAUUUCUAUCAUUGACCGUUCCUUACAAGCUUACUUUAACCUUACCUUUUUCAAAUUCACUUGUUUGCAUAUUUUGAUUUUCUGCUUCUAUAUAAUUCGUGUUAGGAAAGGAUACAACUAGAGACUACUCGAUUAUACAGGCAAGCUGGUGUCAACCCUUUAGCAUGUUUCUUGAAUUUUUGCCUCCUAAACCAUAAUGACUAUUUUAUUUUGUGCUUCAUUCCUAAAUAGGAAUCCUUUUGUGUGAUAUUUGUUUUUUUCUGAUA